AAUGGCACACAAAAAUUGUUAUUCAUGAAAAUUUAAUGAAGCUAAGAAGAUGGAUAUGCAGCACUCAUAUGAUAUUCAAGUAGUAACACAGAAUUAUGAAUUAUUUUCAAUGAUCAAUGGGCAUCUGAUCACAUUCUUAUCCCAUCUUCAGACUAGAAAUUGGAAUAUUUUUGUUAUUUAUUAUUUGAGAGGCCUAUGGUUUGGGUCUUGCGGAACUAUCCCAAAAAGAACAAGGAGCUUCCUCAAGGAACUAGGUGUCGACAUUAAGGAUGUAGCGAGGUUGGCUGAAAAUAUAGUCCUCGACUCCCUGGGAAUCAUUCACCACCACGUGCAUGGCUAGCCCGAGAGUUUUAAUUUAUGUAUUUA